UCGCAAGCACAGCUCAAACUACUAGAACAUAAGACUGAAUAUGUCAUGAUGUUAAGUUAACAUCCCUCCCGAAAACGAGCAAUGAACCCUUCCACAAACCUCUCCAUCAAUUUAUACUACCUUUGUAUCAUCAAUCUCUGCUUUGCCCUGACGCAUGCGGCUACAUUUGUCAUAACAAACAAUUGCAGCUACACAGUUUGGGCUGCGGCUAUACCCGGUGGUGGCAUGGAGCUCGACCCACGGGGUGGAACAUGGAUAAUUGAUGUCCCAUCUGGAACCAGUGGCGGUCGAAUCUGGGCACGAACUGGCUGUGUCCAUUUGGACGAAGCUACUGCUACUCGAAGAAAAUUGAAACCAGCAGCAUAUUCCAUCUCCCAAGAAACGGGUCCUCCCCAUGUUGGAAUCCUAGCGUCGACAAUGUGCAGUAAUGGUGGGCUUUUCCAAUGCCAAACCGGUGACUGCGGUGGGCUUCUCCAAUGCGAAGCCUAUGGUGCACCCCCAAACACCCUAGCAGAAUAUGCACUAAAUCAGUUGAACAAUUUGGAUUUUUUUGAUAUCUCUCUCGUGGAUGGGUUUAAUGUUCCCUUGGAAUUUAGUCCCACCUCUAAUGGUUGCACCCGUGGGAUAAGAUGUACUGCAGAUAUCAACGGGCAAUGCCCCAAUGAGUUGAGGGCUCCUGGUGGAUGUAACAAUCCAUGCACUGUAUUCAAGAGCAAUCAAUACUGUUGCAACUCUGGGAGUUGUGCGCCUACAUCUUAUUCCAGAUUUUUCAAGGAGCGUUGCCCCGAUGCUUACAGUUACCCUAAGGAUGACCAAACCAGCACAUUUACAUGCAAUGGUGGGACUAACUACAAGGUUACCUUCUGCCCUUGAAGAACCGGCUCAGAACUAUCCUGCAGUAUGCCUAUGAUGGGAUGAGAACUUAAUUAAGGGGCACUUGGCAAGCACACGUUGCAGUCUGCACUCUGUAGACACUGAUUUCCAAAUUUAGAUUAGGUUGCUGUAAUAUCUUCACGGAAGACUCAAAUGUAUUAGAAAAAAUGAAAUAAUUAAGCUAAAAUAUGAAA